GAAGAAAAAAAAAUUGGGAAGACAGCGAAGAAGAAACCAUCACAAUAGAAAACAAACAAACAGCCCCUCACAAACUUGGACGCGCAAAUACCUACAUUUCAUCCACAUUUGUUACAGUGUGAGACUGCGAGAUCAACGUCAAAAUUUCACACAAUACACGAUUGCGCAAUCCUGUUACAUAACCUAUAACAUUAGCAGCAGUCAGCUCUCGCAUCUUGAGCGUGACUCCGGUAUAUCUUUCUCCUUCGACUGCUCUACCCUAUCACACAACACUUAGCCCUCCACCAACCCGGUUUCAUAUCCAUUACAUCCUUUACAAUGACUUCCUCAGUAUUUUACAAAUUCAAGUCGCAAAGAGAGCCCUCGCGAGUCGAGUUUGAUGGAACAGGUAUCUCUGUGUUCGAGCUCAAGCGCGAUAUCAUCAAGCUGAGUGGCCUAGGCGAUGGCACUGAUUUCGACUUUGCUAUCUAUACCGAGGAUGGGGCCGAAGAAUACGACGAUGACCUCGCUAUCAUCCCUCGAUCGACGACGGUCAUUGCUCGCCGGCUUCCACCCGCCAAAAUGGGAGCUGGCCGUGCUGCAAGAUAUGUUUCUGGGAAGAUGCCACAUAGUGUCAAAAACUCAUCGCGACGUGAGACCACAGCCAAGACAGCUAAACCGUCUACCCAAGGAUUAGCCCAGAUGAGCAAUGCCCUUACAGAAGAAGAGAAGCUUGCAGCCAUGUUUCAGGUUCAGUCUGAUCAGUGGACCGCGCAGCAGGAGGAAAUGGCCAAUCAAGCGCCCGUAUACAAGCCAGGUGCCAAGAAGCCUGUGAAUGUUCCUGAUCAUGAGCCUCCCAAGGGAUACGUUUGUUACAGGUGUGGUCAAGUAGGACACUGGAUACAAGUGUGUCCUACCAACGACAACCCAGAGUUCGAUAAUCGUCCACGUGUUAAGCGAACCACUGGUAUUCCUCGCUCUUUCUUGAAGACGGUGGAUAAGGCAACGCUUCAGCAAGGAGAUGGCGAGGAUGGUAUCAAGCCUCCAGCAGGUGUCAUGGUGAACGCGGAUGGAGAUUAUGUUAUUGCACAGGUGGACAGCACGUCAUGGGAGCAGUUUCAAGCCAAGACAAAGGCAAGCGCAUCCGCACAGAAAUCGUCGUCGGAUGAAGAUAAGGAGCUUGAGGAGAAGGGCUUGCUCUGCACGCUCGACAAGAAAUUAUUCAUAGAUCCAGUGACCACUCCCUGUUGUGAGAAGACGUUCUGCAAUGAAUGCAUCACAAAUGCGCUCAUUGAAAGUGACUUCGUCUGUCCUUCGUGUCAGACGGAGGGAGUCCUCAUAGAUGAUCUCAAACCGGAUGAACAAGCCGCUAUUAAGAUCCAAGAGCACCUCGCAGAGAAGGAGCAGGCUAAGAAGGAGAGGUCAAAGAGCCCUGUAAAUGCACAAAUCCCGCCAGUCUCUGAUGACAAGGUUAAUGGUGAAGCAUCGACGAAACCUGAGGAGGCCAGUACACCUAUCAAGGUUGAGCAAAACUCGGCGCAAACAGAGACAACAGAUAACAAGAAGUCGCCGACACCAGUAGCAGAUCAGCCCAAAUCGCCCUUGGUGGCUGCACGAAAGAACUCGGCAACACCUUCAGUCGCGUCUCAGACUGCCACUAAUGGCGAGGGUUCGACAAAAGCCGACGAGCAGCCUUCCAGGAAGCGUUCAGCUGAAGAGCCGGCCGAGAACGAACCUGAGAUCAAGAUUCCUAAAGGCCCAAAGGCAAUGCGACAGCAAGAAGAACAGAACCGUCAGCAACAACAAACCAUGAUGCAACAGAUGAUGGGUAUGGGUGGCAAUAUGCCCAUGAAUCCCAUGAUGUUCGGCAACUUCCCCAACAUGGGCAUGGGUAUGCCUAGUAUGGGAAACAUGCCGAGUAUGCCCAUGAUGCCCAGCAUGCCCAGCAUGCCCAGCAUGCCCAACAUGCCCAAUAUGCCUAUGAUGCCGAUGAUGGGCAUGAAUUCCAUGAUGGGCAUGGGGGGCUUCAACCAGAAUGGCGGCUUCCCAAACAUGAACGGCAACAUGAACGGCUUCAACAACUUCAACGGCGGCAUGAAUGGCGGCAGCAACUUCAACAACCAAAACCGAGGAGGUUUCCAGCAACAGGGCGUCCCAAACCGUCACAACUUCACCCACCAGCCCGCCGGCGACAACGAUGCGUACUUCCGCCAGCCUGUCAACCCCAACCGACACCAGAACAGGUUCAAAAGAAGCAGGCCGUCCGACUACAGGGAGCUGUAAUAAGCUGGUUCGGGAUAGUCAUGGAGAGCGUCACUCGUUGUCAUUUGUGACGUAGUUCCAUUCGAUCUACUCAGUACAUAUACUGGGAUGCUCUGCCGCUCCGUCAAAGUAUCUGGCAGCGG